AAACACAUCCAUAGAAGGCAGUCGAGGAGCCGAGCCGGGCUGCGCUCGCUCGCCCGCCCGCCCGCCGCCGCCCCCCACCCGCUUUCUUUUCCGCCGGGUCAACUGCCCUGCGCCCUCUCCUCGCCAACCCCGAGACAAAGAGCAGAGAAAGUUUGCGCGGGUGAGCGGCGCAGGUGAGGACCGUGUGCCCGGCCCCCAACCCGCCGCGACAGGAGCCGGACAGCAGGCGGCAGCGGCCCAGCCCAGCCGAGCCCCCAGCGCGCCAUGGGCGCCGCGGCCCGCAGCCUGCGGCUCGCGCUCGGCCUCCUGCUGCUGGCGACACUGCUGCGCCCGGCCGACGCCUGCAGCUGUUCCCCGGUGCACCCGCAACAGGCGUUUUGCAACGCAGACGUAGUGAUCAGGGCCAAAGCAGUGAGCGAGAAGGAGGUGGAUUCCGGGAAUGAUAUCUAUGGCAACCCCAUCAAGAGGAUCCAGUAUGAGAUCAAGCAGAUAAAGAUGUUCAAAGGACCUGAGAAAGACAUAGAAUUUAUCUACACUGCCCCCUCCUCGGCAGUGUGCGGGGUCUCGCUGGACGUUGGAGGAAAGAAGGAAUAUCUCAUUGCAGGAAAGGCUGAAGGGGAUGGCAAGAUGCACAUCACCCUCUGUGACUUCAUCGUGCCCUGGGACACCCUCAGCCCCACCCAGAAGAAGAGCCUGAACCACAGGUACCAGAUGGGCUGUGAGUGCAAGAUCACACGCUGCCCCAUGAUUCCAUGCUACAUCUCCUCCCCGGACGAAUGCCUCUGGAUGGACUGGGUCACGGAGAAGAACAUCAACGGGCACCAGGCCAAGUUCUUCGCCUGUAUCAAGAGAAGUGACGGGUCUUGUGCGUGGUACCGCGGGGCGGCACCUCCCAAGCAGGAGUUCCUCGACAUUGAGGACCCAUAAGCAGGCCGACAGCAUCCUGUGGCCAAUUGAAAAGCCUCCAAGGGUUUAGACUGGUCCAGCUCUGACAUCCCUUCCUGGAAGCAGCAUGAAUAAAACCGUCCUCCAAGUGGGCCCACAUUUGUAUGA